AUUUUGGCCGGUUUCAAGAUCUUAGCUUUCCAAAAUCCUGAAUUGAAGAUUUUGGCCGAUUUCAAGAUUUUAGGGUUCCAAAAUCCUGAAUUCAAGUUUUUGGCCGAUUUCAAGAUUUUAGCUUUCCAAAAUCCUCAAUUCAAGACUUUGGACCGAUUUCAAGUUUUUCUUUUUCCAAAAUCCUAACUUAAAGAUUUGGGACGAUUUCAAGAUUUUACCUUUGCAAAAGCCUGAAUCCAAGAUUUUGGCCGAUUUCAAGAUUUUAGGUUUUCAAAAUUUUCAAUUUGAGAUUUUGACCUAUUUAAAGAUUUUCGGCGAUUUCAAGAUCUUAGAUUUCACAAUCCUGAAUUCAAGAUUUUGGCCGAUUUCAAGAUUUUGGAUUUCCAAAAUCCUGAAUUCAUGAUUUUGGCGGAAUUUAAUAUUUUUGCAGAUUUCAAGGUUUUAGCUUUUAAAAAUCCUGCAUUGAAGAUUUUGGCCGAUUUGAAGAUCUUAGCUUUCCAAAAUGCUCAAUUCAAGAUUUUGGCCGAUUUCAAGAUUUUAGCUUUUGAAAAUCCUGAAUUCAAUAAUUUGGCCGUUUUCAAGAUUUUAGCUCUCCAAAAGCCUGAACGCAAGAUUUUGGCCGAUUUUAAGAUUUUCGCUUUCCAAAAUCCUAAAUUCUAGAUUUUGGCUGAUUUCAAGAUCUCUGCUUUCCAAAAUCCCCAUUUUAAGAUUUUAGCUUUCCAAAAGUCUGAACUUUAGAUUUUAACCGAUUUCAAGAUUUUAGCUUUCCAAAAUCCUGAAUUCAAGAUUUUGGCCGACUUCAAGAUUUUAGCUUUGCGAAAUCGGGAAUGAAGAAUUUGGUCGAUUUCAAGAUUUUAGCCUUGCACAAUCCUGAAUCCAAGAUUUUCGCGGAUUUCAAGAUUUAAACCUUCCAACAUCCUGAUUUCAAGAUUUUAGCUUUCGAAAAUCCUGAAUUCAAGAUUUUGGCGGAUUUCAAGAUUUUAGCUUUCCAAAAUCCUGAAUUCAAGAUUUUGGCUGAUUUCAAGAUUUCAGCUUUCCAAAAUCCUGAAUUCAAGAUUUUGUCCGAUUUCAAGAUUUUAGCUUUCCAAAAUCCUGAAUUUAAGAUGAUGGCCGAUUUCAAGAUCUUAGCUUUCCAAAAUGCUCAAUUCAAGAUUUUGCCCGAUUUCAAGAUUUUAGCUUUUCAAAAUCCUAAAUUAGAGAUUUUGGCCGAUUUCAAGAUCUUAGCUUUCCAAAAUUCUGAAAUCAAGAUUUUUGCCGAUUUCAAGAUUUUAGCUUUUCAAAAUCCUCAAUUCAAUAAUUUGGCCGAUUUCAAGGUUUUAGCUCUCCAAAAGCCUGAACUCAAGAUUUCGGCCGAUUUCAAGAUUUUCGCUUUCCAAAAUCCUGAAUUCUAGAUUUUGGCCGAAUUUAAGAUCUUAGCUUUCUAAAAUCCUCAACACAAGAUUUUGGCGGAUUUCAAGAUUUUAGCUUGCCAAAAUCGUAAAUUUAAGAUUUUGGAUAAUUUCAAGAUUUUAGCUUUCCAAAAUCAUUAAUUGAAGAUUUUAGCCGGUUUCGAGAUUUUAGCUUUCCAAAAUCGUUAAUUGAAGAUUUUAGCCGGUUUCGAGAUUUUAGCUUUCCAAAAUCCUGAAUUCAAGAUUUUUGCCGAUUUUAAGAUCUUAGUUUUCCAAAAUGCGCAAAUCAGGAUUUCAGCGGAUUUCAAGAUUUAAACCUUCCAACAUCCUGAUUUUAACAUUUUUGCGGAUUUGAAGAUUUUAGCUUUCCAAAAUCCUGAAUUCAAGAUUUUGGCGGAUUUCAAGAUUUUAGCUUUCCAAAAUCCUGAAUUCAAGAUUUUGGCCAACUUCGAGGUUUUAGCUUAGAAAAUUUUUUAAUUCAAGAUUUCGGCCGAUUUCAAGAUUUUAGCUUUCGAAAAUCCUGAAUUCAAGAUUUUGGCCGAUUUCAAGAUUUUGCGUUUCCAAAAUCCUCAAUUCAAGAUUUUAGCUUUUUAAAAUCCUGAAUUCAAGAUUUUUUCCGAUUUCAAGAUUUUAGCUUUCCAAUAUUCGGAAUUCAAGCUUUUGGCCGAUUUCAAGAUUUUAGCUUUCCACAAUCCUAAAUUCAAGAUUUUGUUCGAUUUCAAGAUUUUAGCUUUCUCAAAUCCUGAAUUGAAGAUUUUCACCAAUUUCAAGAUUUUAGGUUUUAAAAUCCUGAAUUCAAGAUUUUAACCGAUUUCAUGAUUUUACCUUUUCAGGACUCUAAAUUCAAGAUUUUGGCGGAUUUCUAGAUUUUAAAUUUUCAAUAUCCUGAAUUCAAGUUCUUGGCCGAUUUUAGGAUUUAAGUGUUACAGGACCCUCAAUUCAAGAUUUUGGCCGUUUUUCAGAUUUUACUUUUCCAUAAUCUUGAAUUCAGAUUUUGGUCGAUUUCAAGAUUUUAGCUUUCCAAAAUCAUUAAUUCAAGAUGUUGGCCCAUUUCAACAUUUUAUCUUUCCACAAUCCCCAAUUCAAGAUUUUGGCGGAUUUCAAUAUUUUAGCUUUUCAAAGUCCUCAAUUCAAGAUUUUGUCGGAUUUCAAGAUUUUAGCCUUCAAAAAUCCACAAUUCAAGAUGUUGGCCCAUUUCAACAUUUUAGCUUUUCGAAAUGCUGGACUCAAGAUUUUGGCGGAUCCCAAGAUUUUAGCUUUCAGAAAUCCUGAAAUCACGAUUUUGGAGGAGUUCAAGAUUUCAGCUUUCCAAAAUCCUAAAUUCAAUAUUUUGGCCGAUUUUAAGAUUUAAGCCUUCCAACAUCCUGAUUUCAAGAUUAUGGCCGAUUUCAAGAUUGUAGCUUUGCAAAAUCCUGAACUCAAGAUUUUGUCCGAUUUCAAGAUUUUACCUUUCCAAAAUCCUGAAUUCAAGAUUUUGGCGGAGUUCAAGAUUUUACCUUUCCAAAAUCCUCAAUUUAAGAUUUUGGCCAAUUUCAAGAUCUUAGCUUUCCAAAAUCAUGAACUCAAGAUUUUGGCUCACUUCAAGAUUUUAGCUUUCCAAAAUCCUCAAUUCAAGAUUUUGGCGGACUUCAAGAUUUUAGCUUUCCAAAAUGCUGAAUUCAAGAUUUUGGCCGAUUUCAAGAUUUAAGCCUUACAAAAUCCUGAAUUCAAGAUUAUGGCCGAUUUCAAGAUUUUAGCUUUCAAAAAUCCUGAAUUCAAAUGUUGCUAGCUUUCUAGAUUUUUGCUUUCCAUGACCCUGAAUUUGAGAUAUUAGCUUGCCAAAAACCUAAAUUCAAGAUUUUGGCCGAUUUCAAGAUUUUAGCUUUCCAAAAUCCUAAAUUCAAGAUUUUGGGCGAUUUCAAGAUCUUAGCUUUCCAAAAUCCUGAAUUCAAGAAUAUGAGCGAUUUUAAGAUUUUAGCUUUCCAAAAUCCUGAAUUCAAGAUUUUGGCCGAUUUCAAGAUUUUAGCUUUCCAAAAUCCGGAAUGCAAGAAUUUGGCCGAUUUCAAGAUUUUACCCUUGCAAAAGCCUGAACUAAAGAUUUUGGCGGAUUUCAAGAUUUUAGCUUUCCAAAAUCCUGAAUUCAAGAUUUUUGCCGAUUUCAAGAUUUUAGCCUUCCAAAAUCUUGAAUUCAAGAUUUUAGCCGAUUUCAAGAUUUUAGCUUUCGAAAAUCCUGACUUUGAGAUUUUGGCCGAUUUCAAGAUUUUAGCUUUCCAAAAUCCCGAAUUCAAGGUUUUGGCCGAUUUCAACUCUUCAGCUUUCCAAAAUCCUAAAUUCAAGCAUUAUGGCGAUUUCAAGUUUUUAGGGUUCCAAAAUCCUGAAUUCAAGAUUUUGCCGAUUCCAAGAUUUUAGCUUUCCAAAUUCCUGAACUUAAGAUUUUGGCCGAUUUCAAGAUUUUAGCUUUCCAAAAUCCCGAUUUCAAGAUAUUUGCCGAUUUAAAGAUUUUGGCGAUUUCAAGAUCUUAGAUUUUAAAAUCCUGAAUUCAAAAAUUCGGGCGAUUUCAAGAUUUCAGCUUUUCAAAAUACUGAAUUCAAGAUUUUAGCGGUUUUCGAGAUUUUAGCUUUCCAAAAUCCUGAAAUCAAGAUUUUGGCCGAUUUCAAGGUUUUAUCUUUCCAAAGUCCUAAAUUUAAGAUUUUGGCCGAUUUCAAGAUUUUAGCUUACCAAAAUCCUAAAUUCAAGAUGUUGGCCGAUUUCGAGAUUUUUGCUUUCCAGAACCCUGAAUUUUAGAUAUUAGCUUUCCAAAAUCCUAAAUUCAAGAUUUUUGCGGAUUUCAAGAUUUUAGCUUUCCAAAAUCCUACAUUCAAGAUUCCGGCCGAUUUCAAGAUCUUAGCUUUCCAAAAUCCUGAAUUCAAGGUUUUGACCCAUUUCAAGAUUUUAGCUUUCCAAAAUCGUUAAUUCAAGAUUUUCGUCCAUUUCAAGAUUUUAGCUUUCCAAAGUCCUGAAUUCAAGAUUUUGGCGGAUUUCAACAUUUUAGCUUUCCAAAAAUGCUAAAUUCAAGACUUUGGCCGAUUUUAAGAUUUUACCUUUUGAUAAUCCUGAACUGAAAAUGUUGGCCCAUUUAAAAAUUUUAGCUUUCCAAAAUCCUGAAGUUAAGAUUUUGGCCGAUUUCGAGAUUUUUGCUUUCGAGGAGCCUGAAUUCGAGAUAUUAGCUUUCCAAAAUCCUGAAUUCAAGAUACUGGCUGAUUUCAAGAUUUUAGCUUCGCAAAAUCCUGAAUUCGAAAUUUUGGCCGUUUUCAAGAUUUUAGUUUUCCAGAAUUAAGGAUUCAAGAUUUUAGCCGAUUUCAAAAUCUUAGAUUUCCAAAAUCCUCAAUUCAAUAUUUUGGUGCCUUUUAAGAUUUCAGCUUUCCAGAAUCAUGAAUUGAAGAUUUUAGCCGAUUUCAAGAUUUUAGCUUUCCAAAAUCCUAAAAGCAAGAUUUUGGCCGAUUUCAAGAUAUUAGGGUUUCAAUAAUCCUGAAUUCAAGAUGUUAGCCGAUUUCAAGAUUGUGGCUUUCCAUAAUCCAGUAUUCAAAAUUUUCGUCGAUUUCAAGAUUUUAGCUUUCCAAAAUCGUCAAUUUAAGAUUUUCGCCGAAUUUAAGAUGUUAGCUUUCCAAUAUCCUGAAUUCAACAUUUUGGCGGAUUUCAAGAGCUUAGCUUUCCAAAAAUAUUGAAUUCAAGAUUUUGACCGAUUUCAAGAUUAUAGCUUUGCAAAAUUCCUAUCUCUAGAUGUUGGCCUAUUUCAAGAUUUUACCUUUCCAAAAUUCUGCAUUAAACAUUUUGACCGAUUUAAAGAUUUUGGGCGAUUUCAAGAUCUUAUAUUUCAAAAUCCUGAAUUCAAGAUUUUGGCCGAUUUCAAGAUCUUAGCUUUCGAAAAUCCUGAAUUCAAGAUUUUGGCAAAUUUCAAGAUUUUAGCUCUCCAAAAUCCUGAAUUUAAGAUUUUGGCCGAUUUUGAGAUUUUAGCUUUCCAAAAUCCUGAAUUGUAGAUUUUGGUCGCCUUCAAGAUCUUACCUUUCCAAAAUAAUGAAUUCAAGAUUUUGGGCAAUUUUAAGAUUUUAGCUUUCCAAAAGCCUGAACUCAAGAUUUUGGGAGAAUUCAAGAUUUUAGCUAUCCAAAAUCCUCAAUUUGUAGAUUUUGGCCGAUUUCAAGAUUUUAGCUUUCAUAAUCGUUAAUUCAAGAUUUUGGCCGAUUUCGAGAUUUUACGUUUCCAAAAUCCUGAAUUCAAGAUUUUGGCCGAUUUUAAGAUCUUAGCUAUCCAAAAUCCAAAAUUCAAGAUUUUGGCAGAUUUCAAGAUUUUAGCUUUCCAAAAUCCUGAAUUCAAGAUUUUGGACGAUUUCAAGACUUUAGCCUUGCAAAAUACUAAAUUCAUGAUUUUGGCCCAUUUGAAGAUUUUAGCUUUCCAAAAUCCUUAAUUCAAGAUUUUGGACGAUUUCAACACUUUAGCCUUGCAAAAUACUAAAUUCAUGAUUUUCGCCGACUUCAAGGUUUUAGCUUUCCAAAAUCCUGAAUUCAACAAUUUGGGCAAUUUCAAGAUUUCAGCUUUUCAAAAGCCUGAACUCAAGAUUAUGGCCGAUUGCAAGAUUUUAGCUCUCCAAAAUCCUAAAUUAAAGAUUUUGGCCGAUUUCAAGAUUUUAGGGUUCCAAAAUCCUGAAUUCAAGAUUUUGGACCGAUUUCAAGUUUUUCUUUUUCCAAAAUCCUAACUUAAAGAUUUGGGACGAUUUCAAGAUUUUACCUUUGCAAAACCCUGAAUCCAAGGUUUUGGCCGAUUUCAAGAUUUUAGCUUUCCAAAAUUCUCAAUUCGAGAUUUUGACCUAUUUAAAGAUUUUCGCCCAUUUCAAGAUCUUAGAUUUGAAAAUCCUGAAUUGAAAGAUUUUGGCGGCUUUCAAGAUUUUAGCCUUCCAAAAUCCUGAAUUCAAGAUUUUGGCCGAUUUGAAGAUAGUAGCUUUCCAAAAUCCUGAAUUCAAGAUUUUGGCCGAUUUUCAAGAUCUAAGGUUUCCAAAAUCCUGAAUUUCAGAUUUUGGCGGAUUUCUUGAUUCUAGCUUUCCAAAAUUGUAAAUUCAAGAUUUUGGCCUAUUUCAUGAUUUUAGCUUUCCAAUAUCCUGAAUUGAAGAUGUUGGCCGAUGUCAAGAUUUUAGCUUUCCAAAAUCCUAAAUUCAAGAUUUUGGCCGAUUUCAAGAUUUUAGCUUUCCAAAAUCCCGAACUCAAGAAUUUGGCCGAUUUCAAGAUUUUAGCCUUGCAAAAUCCUGAAUUCAACAUUUUGGCCGAUUUCAAGAUUUUAGCUUUCCAAAAUCCUCAAUUCAAGAUUUUGGCCGAUUUCACGGUUUUAGCUUUCAAAAAUCCUGAAUUCAAGAAUUUGGGUGAUUUCAAUAUUUCAGCUUUUCUAAAGCCUGAACUCAAGAUUUUGGCCGAUUUCAAGAUUUUACCUUUCCAAAAUCCUGAAUUCAAGAUUUUUGCCGAUUUGAAGAUCUUAGCCUUCCAAAAUCCUGAAUUCAAUAUUUUGGCCGAUUUAAAGAUUGUAGCUUUCCAAAAUCCUGAAUUCAAGAUUUUGGCCGAUUUCAAGAUUAUAGCCUUCCAAAAUCCUGAAUUCAAGAUU